GUUGUAUCGUUCACGUUAUCGUAUCUCUCAUCGCGACGUGUUUCUGAAAAAUGUUUCUUCUGUCCUCCAUACUCAUUCUAUGUUACUUAACAAAAGCAACAAUUGCCAGUUUUGCAGGGAGUGAGUCGGGAUGGCAUGGAGUGUCUAGUUACGGAUCUACCGGCCAGAAUAUAAAUAUUCAUCAGAAUCUCGGCUAUUCUUCUUACGGAAAUGGUGAUCUUCACACAGGAAUGGGCCACGAAGUUAACCAUGGGAACAUCCAGCACCUGGCGGUUCAAUCUAUACCAAUCAGCGAACAUAUAGAAGUUACGAAACCGGUGGUUGUGCCAGUUGUAAAAAACAUCGGAAUCCCAGUGGCUCAACCCGUGGCAAUUCCCGUGCCUCAUCCUGUGGCGGUGGCAGUUGCUCAGCCUUACCCCAUCCACGUGCCGGUCGCCCAUCCGGUUCCCGUGCCAGUCGUGAAGACCAUCGCGAUACCGGUGGAGAAGAAAGUGCCGUAUCCGGUGGAGAAGAUAGUGCCGGUGCCGGUGGAAAAGCCAGUCCCGAUAACGGUGGAGAGGCAUAUACCUGUGCCGGUUGAAAAACCAUAUCCGAUCCACAUUCCGAUCUACAAACACGUUUUCCAUCGAAAAACGAAGAAGCACGGUCACUGGAUAUACUGAGAGAAGCUCGCAUUAUAAGAUAAUUAAAUAGGAUUCCAGAGCGCGACUCGUACGAGUUAUCAAUCUGCGAAGUCAGGAUAACGCUGAAUGGCGUGUUGCAGUAUAAACUCGCCCCACGAUCAUUUUUCAUAGACUCCAAAUACUGUUACUUGUAGAUAAAAAAGUUGUCACACUAG